UCAAUACUCUGCCGACUGUUCGGCGCGAGAGACGAUCUCGCGUGCCGCCUAUCCACCAGUGUGUAUCCACAUGUCGUCCCGCUGCCGCUGCCGAUGCACCACUUUGCACUGAGGCGCGCAACGGCGAGCGCCGAGACUGGAGAGAGAGGUUGCACUCGCCGCUGACUUGUGCAGCGCAGUUGCAGCUGCACGCUCGGGCGGUGAUCGUGUCCGCAGUCCGCGAGCUCGCGUUCUUCGCCGCCGCGCAUAAUUAUGUGAACAACACCACAGUGCGACGACCACAACGAGAGAGAGCUAGGCCCACGAAGGGCAGGCGCUAUGGAGUGAACACAUUUGCGCGAAUUCAAAAGAUUACUGUUUAAAUCACAAAAAAAAAAAACGUGUGCCGACUUUGUCGUCCGUUUUCGGUGAUGGGGACGACGACUAUUCACCACUUGACUUUCUGGAUAUUUUUUUAUUUGGGUUGUGUGAAAUGCGUGAACGUGCAUUUCGAGAACAAAGACGGUGGGUUUUUCCUAAAGCAGUCACCUAGGCAGCACUAUGCGGCGCCGGCGGGCAUCAAUGCUGGCGUCGAGGAGACAACCGGUGGGACGGGGCAGGGCGCACUGCUCGCGGUGGAUCGCUUCACCGUCUUUCAGAGCUCGCAGCCGAUCUCCGUACGUGCCACCUAUGGCCCGUUCAGCACCAAGCAGACGGUACCAGCGCGCUAUGUCGUUCCGGAUCCGAUUCCGCUCAACACAACAGGAACGAGUAUAGAUCUGCAGGAAUUGGCGACACACCAUUUGGACAUGUCGGCGCAUAUUGUGCGUGGUGAAGUACCGCGCGAUAGUCCCAUCCUGCGAGUAUUGUUCCAUACCGGCGCCGACACCAGCAACCGUCGCCAUAUCCUGAUGGCACGCCACCAUCAGGUGUGCAUCGUGUUGCACGCUACAAUGGGCACACAUGCACCCCUCUCAGCAGCGUGUAGUCCCGAAGGGGCGGAUGGUGUAUGUCUAGCGCAGAUAACCAUUCCAUCAAGUUGGUGGCCACCAUUACCUUCACCGGACAAAGAUGGCCGCCUUGGUAAAGUGGUCAAGACACCGCCGAAACUCGUACAGGUCGCCUAUUCAAUUCAAGAACCACGGCCGGAUGAAGGCGGCUGUCAACCGCAAAUGCAGUUACAACCCUCGACGGUAUUGGGAUUGGUGCCGCUGGUCCCAGCGAAGGCCGCCUACAAGGAGCUGCAAUUAGUCGACGCGCUGCGCAUACUCAUUCCACAUCCGCCUCUGUUUCCGCUAUCGAGGAUGCACAUCCCUGUGUUCGUUGAAGUGGAGAAGGCCAAGAGCGUCACGGCCGUCAUUGUUCGAGGACGAGUAAAAAGCGGAGUGCGUUUAUUGAGCGCAGUGGCGACGGAUCCGAGUGCGUGGAACAUCACGGUGGAGACGAACCCCCGGCACACGGGGGCAACGGUUACCGCAGUGCGUAGAGACUCGCCCGACCAGCAGACGCCCUCCGACGCAACGGCAUCCAGCGGCAGCGCGGCAACCAGCGGAGGCGGCGACGUGUUGGAGCUGUUUACGUGGCUGGUGGAGAUCAGCGAGGAGCCGGAGGAAGAAGCGCGGAUUGUGUGGUCCGCCCGCUACGAGCCGCACUCGGAGGAGCCGGCUAGUCAGCACAAUGGCGCAAAUGUCGAGCAUCGACAGGGCGGAACAAAAACCACCACGAAAUGGGAUAUUCAGAAGGAUGAUAUUCAAGCUGUCGUACCUAUUAGUAAAAAUUGGGAGGUGUUGAACACGGCGGUGUUGACGGGCCGGCAAGUCUCGCAGGCGAUGAAGGUAUUCAUCGUCUCGCAGGCGGGCAAAGAGGCGGACGUGACAUUCCAAGCUUCGUGCCAUUCAGAGGACGACAGCGUGCUGAAAGUGAGUUCGUCGUGUAGUUCGGUGUACGUUGAUGGUAGCGAGGCGCGCGGCUCCGUCAACGGUUCGGUGCUUGUCAAGUAUGGCACAUACACCGGUCUCGCCAAGUUCACCGUCUGGAUGCCGGAAUUCCCGCUGGACCUGCAAGUUCCGGAUACGCGACUCUCGCAGCUGAAGUCAUGGCGCGUUCCGGACUAUCAACCGAGUAAUGCGAAAGCGAGCCGACGACGAAAGAAGCGAUCGUAUGGUUCGGCGUAUCGCAGUCUGGACGAUCUCGGCAACGUGAUCGAACGCCCCAACUGCCGAUUGCGCUAUCAGCAGACGUCCGUGGAUGUCUACGCGCGUUUCAACGCCAACGAUCACGACUCGGGUCGCACUACGUUCCUCAUCAAUCGUCGCACGUAUCUCAGAGUCACCGAUUUGGUGCUGCAAUCGCUACGCGUCUCUGAUGUGCACAUUGCCAGUCUGCAUGGCAGAGUUCUACAGGGACGAAGUGUGGGACGCACAGAAGUCCAAGUGCUGUCUCCGAUUACGAAUCGCGUCAUCGGGGCGAAGGAAGUACGCGUGGGCAACGACAAAGUGGGAUUAUCCCGACUCUCCGUGCAGGUCGUUUCCGGCCUCCAGUUGAACAUCUCGCCGGACGGCGCGAUUGAGAACGGCUACAUUGCCGAGACGAGCGUGACUCGGAAGCUAACUGCCCAAUACCAGGAAGGUCUGUUAGACAUCGAGUUGGAAUUCUCUGAUGGUAGCAAAACACCGCUGCGUGAUGUGGCCGAUUCCGACUACCAUCUUGUGGUGGAAAGUUUAGAUCCCGAGGUGGUUGCAUUUGCGCCCAUGGUGGCAUCUCGUCAUCCACGAGUUAUUGCCGUCGGUGAGGGUAACGGUGAUUUACUGCAAGUGACACUGUUGUUGCCGGAAGAAUGUCGAGCGGCUGUGCGCAGUAAAUCCAAGGCCGGUCCGCUCGCCACCGCAGCUGCGUCCGUGGUCGUCGAUUUUAGCAGCAACGACCUGUCUCACCGACCGGAUCUGUUGCAAAACGACGGAGGUACUUUCACCGGCUCCAAAGGCAGAGACUUCCCUGAUCUUUCGGAUAUCCUUAAAGAUGACGAUCGUAUUGAACCGAAUGUUCAAGCGAGGCAAUACCAAGGUACGAAGGGUUCGUCCCGUCAUCAACCCACCAUGAUAAUCUCACCAUUGGAGAUUAGCAUGUAUGUUUUACUGGGCGCAUUUUGCUUCGCUAUCGCCGUGUUUGUGAUCUCAUGCGUUGUGUACGCAUCGAAAUUCAAGCCGGAGGUAGCAGCUGAAGGACUACACGCCGUCCCCGUUGCCCCAUCAGCGGGUGGAAUAAAUCGCAAGCCUCGUGAAACUACCACGAACGCACACGACUGGGUCUGGCUAGGUAUGAGAGAAAGUCGCGCCACGCUCGAACCGGCAUCGAAUCGCAAUUCGGCUGUGGUGAAUAACAACACGAACGAGAUACGCAUCACCGCCAAUCCGCUCAACAUGAACUAUUGCGAUCCGGACGACUGCGUGCAGACCAGCUUCGCACCCGACUCCCAGCAGCCACCACCCCCGCAGCAACAACGUCCUCCAAUUGACAGUUCUACAUAUUGCAAGAGCAAGGCUGGUGGGCGGACAACAAGCGUAAGCAUUGAUAUAUCCGGUUUACAAGAGCAAGACAUAUGGAAUAAACCAACUCCUCCGCCACCAUUGCCUCCUCAUGGCAUGCAAUUGUCGGUGGAUAUCGAGGAGUACAAACCGCCCGUUCCACCUCAUCGCAAUCUCAUGGAUCCGUCGCCGCGGAAGCAUCACCAUCACCACCACCACCGGAACAGCAAGCAUGGCAAGCCGGGUGACAUCAGCGGGAGGUUGAACAACUCGCAUGAGGAUCUCAUCGAGGAGGCUGAGUUCGGGGACAUUCCAGCCGCGUUUGUUUUUGACGAUGAUGCGUCGCCCGCGGCUCUAGCAGGUCCGCCAUCUUCUCCAGUGGUGGUAAUGCGCAAUAAAACGCCUGCUAGCGAUGAUAGUAUGGAGUUUGUGCAGUAUCCGAAGUCACCGAGUCGAAACGGAAAUCGCAAUAGCGCUGAAGUAAAGCGCGCUACAAUCGUCGGUAAUCCAAUGUUCAGUUCGGAAACCGGCGGGGAAGAGCAGCCCACCGAGGAGGGCGAAACAGGCGCUGAUCUAGCCGGCUUGGACGGCCUGCAGCUCGACAUGGACUACGAGCAGAUCAUGCACUACUUCGAGAAUCUUAAAGUAGCCGUCCGCCGUAAGCACGAGUCCAUCCGAACGUAAACCAACCGCCGCUUUCGCUUGUUGCAGGAGUCGAAUGCCUGAGUAGAGGAGAUCAUUGCAAAGAUCCGCAGCAUUCUGCUGUCGUUCAGCAAGCAGUAUCGCAUGAACGCGCUGAACGGCAACAGCGACUGGUGCGCGUCGCCACAUCAUAUUCCGCCAUUCCACAGCAGCAUGCCUCAGCUGCCGGAGGACGACGUCGUCGCCACCGGCAACCUGAACCGCCAGUUCGAUUACAUCUUCGAACACUUUAGCGAGUCGUACGCUUAAGUGCUGCGCAGAGGGCGCUGUAUCAAUCCAGAUUAAAACAGACGAGCUAAGUAUUAAACCAAACAAAAACAACUAAGCGCACUAUAGCUUAUACUAUGUAAUAUUGUUGUUCAUUGUAAGACUGAACGAGAUAUUUUUGCGUUACGAUUACCGUACUUGAGUUGAGACUAUAUAAUCGACGCUUCAAAGUAUAUAUUAUUGUAUAUGAUGCAGGAAACAAUAAUUAAUAUCGCGUACAUUUAGUAGUGACAUUAUUGGAUGAGAAAUUGUAAGACGAAGCAACAUAUCUACUUAGCAGCAGAACAAAACAAGGCGUUAUUCGAAAAAAAACCUUCUAUUCGAUUCACAUAUAUACUUAUUUCGACUACUCUGGUCUGGUUGAGGGGAAUAUUGACGAAAAUGAUGGCGAAAUGCGUGGAUGUUUGCAAUGGUCGCACACACCGGAAUUAAUAUAGAAACAAAUAUAACUAAUCAGCUCUUGAAAGCGUAAAUCUAGUCAACCAACAACAAGCUGAUGCUGAACACAACAAAAUGAAAAAUCAUCGCGUUCUAGCUUUACUCGACUGAUACUCGUAAUUAUCUAUUAAUAGGAGCUAAGGAAUAUUGCGUAACUGACCUGACUUCAGUAUGUUUGGUAGUCAAGAUGAGUUCGAAUGAUAACUGAUUUUCAAAAGUUCGUUAAAAACCGUUAAAUAAUUGACAGUUGACAGUUGCGCCACUCGCGUGAAAUUCAAAUAUGAAACAAACUAUAACUCAAGUAUUAACGACUACGAACAGAAUUAUAAUAAAGAAAACCAAACAAAAAAGCAUACGUAACAUAAUCGUGCAAUCUAAUUAUGUAUGAAAUACGCAACAAGAUAAAUGUUCCUUGCCCAAACCACACAAGUGAAUAUAUAAUUCUCAUCGAAACUCAUCAGCAUAUUGCGCAUUCUGAUCAUCACCAAAUAAACUAGUACGUAAUAAACGAAUCACUUCUAGCUGAAGCAGAAAUGAACCCAUGUAAUACGUGUUGUAGUCACGCUUGGAUUUCCGUUCGCCUGCUGAACUUAGCGAAGAGUUUUAUAUUGUGACGUUUAGGAAAAAAGAAACUGUACGAGUACGUGUAGAGCGACAAGGAACGCCAUUUGCCAUGCGAAGGAAAACACACGCCAUAACGAGCGCGGCUCAAAUUCUAAUCAUUUUAUUCCAUUCAUCUCAUGAGAUAUAGACAAACACACGCCACUGCUUCAAACCAUUUUAGUGUAUCAUUCUAGUCCCUAAACUAAUAAGUAAGUUUAACGCUGAAUUGAGAAUAAUAAGAAUUAAGGAUGUCGAAAUAAGACGAGCAGGAGGCGGAGGAGGUGGAGAUCUGGAAGCACACGUACAAAUAAGAUUUAAAAACAAAUGAAAACACUUAAUAUGCACUGGCACUGUAUUAUAAUAUGUGUGUAAAUGUAUUAAUUACGGUAUUAACUACUUAUAUGAGAAUAGCUUUUACAAUUUUGUUAUGAUUUACAUUACGGGUUUCCAACGAUAGUUUUAUGAUUGUGUCAUCAUCAUCUACCAAAACCGGAUGCGAGCACGGGAAGUUAUUGAUUUCGUAUUUAUUGUUUUGUGCCGAUUUAGAUAGAAUGCAGGGCUGACGAAAGCAUCGUAGUUGAUUGAUCUUUGUUCGUGUAUAACUUCUACUGGAUGAUGUGUAGAUAUAUAGUUGAAAUUUGUGUAAAAGUCUCUCAGUAUGUAUGAAAAAAUGAGAAAUAUGGUUGUAUAUUUAUUGAUAUUUAAAUAAGAACGGAUAAAACAAGAUAUCUAUAACUUUCGCUUGUAAAUGUAUAUAUUUAAUGCGGUUAUUAUUGUAUAUUGUUAAUGGAAUAAAUUUAUGCUAAGCACAA